GUUGACUUGGCAAAAGUGCGUGGCACGCGAAUAUACGUAUCAUGGCAUCAGCAACUUGGUGCAUUAAUUUACGCGUUCCGUAGCCGAGCGCAGUGCAGUUUCGAUCAAACCUUUAAACGAUCAACACCGAGAAGAAGAAUAAUAAUAAUAACAAUGGCACAAUUGGCGACGUUCGCGAUGGCUGUUUUCUUAAUCAGCCAUGUUGCAGCCGACAUCAUAGUGCAGCCUGGAUACGAGCAACAACACGUAGCCACGCAACCCCCGAACCUUCGGCAUUCGGUUCAACAGGAUAAUCAACGAGAUGAGCAACAAGAUCGUCAACAACGAGAGGAAUACGUUGAUUCUGGUUAUCAUUUGGAGCUUCAUCCGGUGUAUGGAAAUUCGUAUCAUAUUCCCAGCUACGCGGUGCUGCCGAUGUAUCGACAGCCAGGAACGAUACCAUCGAUGUCGAAGGCUGCUUACAAACGAUUGCUCUCCUCGAUGGGCGAAGGUGCCGAAGUACCUUCGAUCGUCCCGCCUCAAUACUACCAAUACCUUCCUCAGGCAGUACACAGUAGACGCAAAAGGUCCAACGGCGAGAAGCUCGAUGGUGCAGGACAGGGGAGUGAACAUGAUGAAAAUGAUGUGGCCGCGAAGCCGUCCCUAAACGACGACGCGAUGUCGGUGGUCGAUUUGCAAAAUCAAGACGAGAAGCGCGUGAAAGCUCGUCACAGCGUGACUCUGCUGGGAUUGAAGCCGUCCAACAUGCGCCCCGUGCACCAGCAGUACCGCACCUACGAUCCCCAGCAAAUGACGGCGAGUCAACAAACGUUGUCCCAAGUGAAUCCUCAAGAAACGGCGCAGCAGCAACAACAAGCCAUCCCCUCGCAAACCGCGAAUCCUGAUACCGAGAACGUUCAACGCUCGAUAUUUUUGCAAGAUCACGUCUCCUCCCAGCAACCGCAACAAUUUAGGCUCGAGCAGAGAAAGUUGCCCGAUCUGAGGCCGCUCUCUGCCGUCGGUCAAUCGUCCCCAAUCGUGGCGAAAUCGGACGCGGCCCGAACCUCCAUGAUACCGAAACACGCGGCGGGUAACAACGAGGAGAUAGUGGGCACGAAAUUGGGGGAUAUCUACAAGAUAAAAGUGGUGCAGAACCUGCAUCAACACGGGCGUGGAAGAACGACGGAGAGUGCGGCGAAGGAAGAUGCGAACGUGAAUUUCAUUAAUCCGGGAAACCAUAAGGGAGUUAAUGGUAAUUUAGCAACGGUGGAAAGUGGUGUGGAGCAACCCGUGCAAACUGGCGCGGAGCAACUCGUGCAAGUUUAUCAACUUCCGGACGAGGUCGGGACAAACUAUUUACAAAAUCCUCAAUACAUCGUUCUGCCUCAAACUUAUCCCCUUAACUACGUGGCUAAUUACGUGGACAAUUACGCGUCGACCGUGUAUCCGUACACGCCUCUCUAUUCGCCGUACAAAAUUUGUUUCGAAAGUCCCGAUAACCUGCAGCCUAUCGCGUAUCAGUUAGUUUAAGUCAGCCGUGUCUCGAUUUUGCAAAUCGAAUCAUCGUUGAUAGUUCAAUCGAUUGUAUUUACUAAUGCGGACAAAGAGUUCGUAAAAUUUGUUUUUUCUUCUUUGACAAUUGUCUCGUCGUUGAAACACACGUUACGAACUUUUCGUCGACGGUAGUAUUCUAUAAGAUAGUAUUUUAUAUUUUUCUACAAAUAUCGUAUCUGUAA